AUGGCGGCUGCGAUCUGGUUCCCUGAUGACUACACAAAUUUCAGGGAGCUGGCCGUCAAACUGAUGCGCGAGUCGCGCCGCCCUGAUAGCCCGCACGCGCCCCACAUCCGCGCGCUGACGAUGCUGCGGCCGGCGGCGGAAGGCGUGGGGGCGGCGCGGGCGCCGCUGGCGCUGCACUCUGAGACGUUUCCGCCAGAGUAUCUGCACGUCUUGGGCUCCUACUUGCAGGCCAGGCAUAUCGCCACCACCCAGUGGGACACAGAGAUGUUCUGGGCCGGCCACGGAUUGAAGCUGGUGCAAGAGGGCUUCACCCUGGCCCACCUGAAGGCGGCAAUGCUGACUGUCUCGACGCGCUACAUGACUGUCGCCCACCGCGGCCGCGAGUUCCCCGUCAUCGUCCCGGUGGUUGACAUGGCCAACCACCACACCACAUGCGCCAACUGGUACGAGUUCCGCCCCUGCAACGCGUCUUUGCUGCCCUGGCCGCGCGUCAACUGGGACCUCGAUGCACUCGCGGCCGAGGCCGGCAGCGUCGAGAAAGAUGAGCUGUGCGCCUAUUGGAUGGCCGCGGCGGAGAUCACGGCGGGAGAAGAGGCGUGCCUCAGCUACGGGUACCUCACGCCAGAUCUGGCCUUGCUGCAGUAUGGCUUCAUCCUGCCAGAUGACCCGCCGCAGCUCUCCCACAUGGACGAGCCCGGCUUUGCACAUGACAUGAAGGCAGGCCGCACCCACUCCGCGCCGCCGCGGCCGUUUGCGGGGAGCGCUUCCGAGGUGGAGCGAGAGGUCGUGCGGGUCGAAUCGCUCGCAGCCGCCCUGGAACGCUCCCAAGGCGCGGCCGCAGCGACGCCCCACGCGCCGACGGACCCGGACGGUUCCGCCCUGGCGAGCCUCCUGCAGCUGCGGUCGCAGCGCGUCGCGUCACUGAGGGCGGAGGCCGCACGGCUGAGGCAGCAGCUGGAGGCGACGGCUGCGGCCGCGGCGGCGGCUGGGGGCGGAGGGCACGCGGUUGCUGAGGAAGCCGUGGCGAUCAGCGGCCAGGGGUUGGCUACAAAGUCUGAGCUGUGA